AUGGAGGCAGAUACAGACCAUUCUGACUUUAUCCAAAACUAUGUCAAUAUGGAAUCCAGAGACAGAAAAGAAGCUAUGGAGUUGGAAACAAAGAGGGACUCUUUUGAUAAGGCAGCUUGCCAGGCCUUGUGGGCGCACCCAGAUAUUGCUUGGGAAUGGCACCCAGCUGUGAACACUGCUGGGGGGCUGCUGUGUGUUUGGAAUAACAAAACUUCCAGGUUGAUUUCAGAAUUUCUGAAAAAGGGGUUCAUUAUGUUGGAAGGGGUUUGGUUGGCUGACAUGCAGAGAGUUGUUGUGGCCAAUAUUUAUGCUCCUUGUGAUAUAGAAGGUAAAAGACAGUUGUGGCAGAGUUUAAGUAGAAGGAAGAUUCAGUCCCAAGUUAAUUGCAGGUGUCUUGUAGGGGAUUUUAAUUGUGUUAGACAUCCCUCUGAAAGAAUGGGAAGCAAUCACAAUAAUCCAGAUACUAAUCUUAUAGCUGAAUUCAAUGAUUGGCUUGCUGUUAUGGAGGUAGAUGGCAUUCCUUAUGUGGGUAAGCCCUUUACUUGGGUUAGGCCAAAUGGAUCAUGCAAAAGAAAAUUGGAUAGAGUGCUAGUCUCUUAUGAAUGGUUAUCUAAGUGGCCUGAUAGCUCCCAAUUUAACCUUGAAAGGAAUUACUCUAAUCAUUGUCCUGUCAUUAUGUAUUCUAAAUGCAUUGAUUGGGGCCCUAAGCCUUUUAAGGUUUAUGAUGGUUGGUUAAUGAAUAAAGACUAUCAGAAGGUGGUGAGGGAUUGCUGGUCUGAAACUCAGCCUAGGGGGUGGGGUGGUUAUGCUCUAAAAUGCAAACUUCAGAACCUCAAGCAAAGGUUGAAAAAUUGGAGUAAAGACAAUAUUGGAGACUUGGGCAACAAGGUGAAGCAGAUCCAACAAAAGUUAAAUGAUUUGGAAAACUCUAUGACAACUCAGCCUUCUGACCAGCAAGUCCAAGAGCUCAAGAAAACUCAAGCUGACCUUUGGGAAAAGGCUACUCUUCAUGAGUCUAUUAUGAGACAGAAAUCAAGAAGCAAAUGGAUCAAAGAGGGAGACAGCAAUACCUCUUACUUUCACAAAAUUAUUAAUCACAGCAGGAGGAGAAAUGCCUUGAGGGGGAUGCUGAUUGAUGGUAUCUGGGUAGAAAACCCUAAUUUGAUUAAGGCUAAAAUUCUGCAGCAUUUUCAGAACAGUUUUCUGAACCUCAUCUGCUCAGACCUAAUCUACAUGGGUCUCAAUUCAUCAUUCAUUGCCAUUAUCCCUAAGAUUAAGGACCCUCAAUAUAUUAGUGAUUUCAAACCCAUAUCCCUCAUAGAAUGUGUCUACAAAGUCAUUGCUAAAAUUCUAACUAAUAGGCUUAGCAAGGUCAUGAAUCACCUCAUAGAUGAAAGGCAGUCAAACUUUGUCAAGGGUAGACAGCUGCUCCAUGGAGUUCUGAUUGCUAAUGAGGUUGUUGAGGGGGCUAGGAGGUCAAAGAGGUCUUGCUUGGUGUUUAAAGUGGAUUUCGAAAAAGCCUAUGACUCUGUGUCUUGGCAAUUCCUUUUUUAUAUGAUGAGAAGAAUGGGGUUUCAUGACAGGUGGAUUAGUUGGGUCAAGGGGUGCCUCACAUCAGCCUCUAUAUCUAUCGUAGUGAAUGGAAGCCCAACUACUGAAUUUAAGCCUCAAAGAGGUUUGAGACAAGGAGAUCCUUUGGCCCCUUUAUUGUUUGACUUGGUUGCUGAACGUUUGACAGGAAUGAUGAGGGAAGCAAUAUCCAAACACUGCUUCCACAACUUUAUGGUGGGGAAGAACAAGGUUGCAGUGAAUAUCCUUCAAUUUGCUGAUGACACUAUCUUUUUUGGGGAAGCUUCAAUGGAUUAUGUUAAAGUUAUCAAGGCUAUUCUUAGAAGCUUUGAGAUGGUUUCUGGCAUGAGAAUCAAUUUUGCUAAGACCCAAUUUGGAGCAAUUGGGCAAUCUGAGGAGUGGUGCAGACUUGCUGCUAACUACUUGAACUGUGGCCCUCUGCAUUUUCCCUUCUGCUAUCUAGGGCUACCUAUAGGAAUCAAUCCGAGAAGGAAGGUGGUGUGGGAGCCUAUAAUAAGAAAAUUCGAGGCUAGGCUGAAUAAAUGGAACUAG